AUGGACAACGCAGAGCGAAAUUUGCGUGCUUUGGUUGAGGGUGUUCAGUCUCCAAGUGCCGGCCUGCUGGAUUUCCCCUCACCUGCAAGCGACUUUGAAAUCUUCACGCCGGGAGCUGGCUCAUUGUCUUUGGCAGCGAACGUGACUUCUGCUCCAUGGCCGGGUUCUGAUGCGUGCCUGCCUUCGACAACAGCUCCAAACCCUGACACAGUAGAGCUGCAGCCAUCUAUUGUCUCACCAGCUCACGAAUUUGAACAGCCUGGUCUUGAUUUCGACACUGUUGUUGGAGCUCGUGUAGCCCCUGUCCCGACCAGUCCUCCACUUCCAUCGUCGAGGGACCCAGCAGACCUUCGUCUACCAUCUUUCGCGCGACUAGGAAUAGCUGCCCCGCACUCCGAGGCAAUUCGUCCAUCACUUGUACGCAACCCACAUGGUUGUCUUGGCGGCGACUCACCAUCUCUACCCGAAGUCGGCACAGUCGACCUUGGAGCAAACACGAAUCUACUCACUGAUCAUCACGUCGACGAUGCUGUGUACGAACACGUAGACUCAUUCCAGCCCGACUUUUCGCAUACAGUGCAACCCAGGAUACCUCUUCAUAGCCCGGUGCACCACUAUGUGACAACGCUUACACCUCCUGACGACACUGGCAGAAUAACGUGGGAACCAAUCACGAGUUUCGCGACAGGACCCACAACUUCUCCAAUGACUGAGGGUAGAGGUUUGGCUGCUGGCGGCGAUGCUUCAACAGCUUCAGAAGCGGACGGUUCAGGCAUCCCGUCAAUUAAAGUAGAGGCUUCCACUCCAAUGGAAGAUUCGCCGCGUCCCUGGCUGAACGACGCGAUACAAAUCAUGCUCAAAAACAUACGCUCUGCGUCCAACGCUUAUCAAGAUCCAAUCAAGGUUCUUUCACAUGCACUGCCAUGUCCAUCGACAGAAGGACACGCCUUCCCUACAGUCAUUAGCUCGCUUCACGACGAGACUCCCACAUCCCCAACAUGCUGGAUCAAUGUCUUCCACGCACUACCUGGCAGAUUCAACCUGGCAGAUCUUCCCACAUCACCUCCUAGUACCCCUGGACCUCCAAUUGGAGGAGACGAUUACUUUACCAGCAAAGUGUUCGACUCGGCCGUCCACAUUCUUGACUACGCCGACAACCUUAAAUCUCUUCCGCAAUCACCUCGUCCUGUGGUACCCCCGUCAUCGGUCGACGUGUCCAUUGUCGAACGUUACAUUCCGCCAACUAGCAAGAACGAAUUUGUUGACAUGUUCACCACAAAAGGCCCCUCGUUGCUCGUUGACAGACUGGUCGAGCUAUCACCAGACAACGGUACCCUCAUCUUCGUGUACCCUACCAAGCGUGGAGCUCAGACCUUCGUGACGGACUAUCUCGCACCUAUCCUCGAUCCAAUCCUUAGAUCAAUGGUUGUUGUAAAUGGUUUCUCCUCAGACAUGGGCCAGGAGCUAGGAAGGAUGGUCGCUGUCGACGAACUGCCUGAUAAUGACACGAUGAAGAGGAAGAUCCUCCAACUCUGCACCACGUUGAGCCAGUCAAGCCCCGGCAUGGAGCGCUUCCACAAGAUACCCACAAAGUUCGAACUCUUAUUGUCCUCGACACAAGAGGUCACGCUGAGCCGCAAAAUCUGGUCCGAGGACUGGUGGGCCAAACAAGAAAAGCCACGCAUUAGAGAAGUCAUCUCCCGAUACUUCCGCAAAGCCAACAGAGCACAGGAGGACCAGACUCCCGUCAGUCUGGUGCACGAAGUGUUAGAUGGCGUCGCUCAGAAGGCGUACCCAGAAGGAAGAGCAGAGCCAGCCGGAAUUGAGAUCAACGUGUUUGUCAUCUCAAGAUCGAGGUGUACAAACUGA